UCCGAACAACCACAUCUCAACCAUGAAACUGUUCCUGAUCUCCGCCUUCUUCGGCCUGGCCGCUGCCGCCGGCUUCAACAACCAAUAUCCUGAGCAAUCCAAUAGGCCCCAAGCUGCUUAUGAGAGAAACGCAAGGAUCCUGGCCCUUGACGCUGACGUCAAGGAAGAUUCCUUCAGAUACAACUAUGAAACUGAGAACGGUAUCAAGGCUGAGGAACAGGGUCAUGAGGCUGACGGCAUCGAAGCCCAGGGUGGUUUCCAAUACACCGGUGACGAUGGUCAGGUUUAUUCCAUCAGUUACGCUGCUGGUCAGGGUGGCUUCCAGCCGCAAGGAGCUCAUAUUCCCACUGCGCCUCCUACUCCCGAGGCUAUUCUGAAAGCUCUAGAACAAAAUGCUAGGGAUGAGGCUGCUGGCAUCAUAGAUGAUGGUCAAUACAACCCAGGCAAAUACGGUGACGCUCCAGCAGCCGGUGGUUUCCAGCAGAACCAAUACAGAGCUCAGGCUUCGGCUGGAUUCAGACAAAACUACAACAAGUACUAAAUGUAAUACUAUUUUCUAACGUAGUAUUUUACGUUACCAACAUAUCGCAAUAAACACGUAAGAUACGUUUCCAUUUUUUUUUAAUCUCGAUAAUGCCUUACAUUUAAGAUUUAUUUCUUUCAAUUUCGAUGGGAAAAACGUUUUGUUAAACUUCUCUAUUAUUGAAAAAUGAUUGCGUGUCGUUUUAAUUUGUACCCAUUUGACCGAAAGUUUGUGUAGUAAAGAAUUUGAAGACAAUAUAACAAGCGUUUUCAAACACAGAAAUAAAACGUAAUUGUCUUCGAUUAAUGAAAUUAGAAAACAAACAUACAAUACUCAUAAGACAAGGGACUUACAUUUUAAACAGUUGCAUUGGCCUUAAGAGCUUAGUCACCAACA